UGCUACCUUUACAUAUACCGAGAAGUACACCGCUUCCAAACUAUACUCGAUCGAUAAGCUAUAUAUUUAACUGUAUCGCAUUGUAAGAAAAGAGGAAAGUAUUUUAUAUCAUGGUCGCCAAUACUCGACCAAAGCGCGAGAACGUGCAAAAGCCGGAGCAGCACCGCGAUCAGAAGGCCGAGAAGCCAGCCGUGGCGAAAACGGUGCCGGCUGAGAAGGUUAAGGCGGAUGCGGUUGCGGAUGCGAAAAAGGCCACGCAUGUGAAGAAGGCUGCCGCUGAUAAAAAGGCUGCGGCUGCGAAGAAGACUGAGGCCGCGAAGAAAACUGGGGCCGCGAAGAAGGCUGCGACCGCGAAGAAAGUUUCGAAGGAUGGUACUGCUGUACCCUUACAGAGCGAUGUUGUUGUUAGAGGUGAGCGAGAUGGUACGGCUACAGCUGACCCUACGCAACAGGACGACGAUGCUACAAGUGGCAAUCGAAAUGCCGUCAAUGAUGACGAGGGGAAUCCGGUUAUCACCCCUGAGGGGAGCGAUGCUCUGGUUGCAAAUAGCCAGGCGGGCGCCGAUAACGGUGGCGAGGGGGCUGCCACGGAUGCGGAUGUGGGAAGCGGCUCUGUGGUUGAAAAGGGCUCGGGGAGCGCCGUAAAGGUAGCGACGGUGCACCGCCAGCUGAUGGAUCCAAGCAUAAUGCGACCACGUCCCACUGAUGGUGAGGAUGACGAGGAGUGUCCUUCGAAAAGGAUCAAGUAUUUCUACGCCGCGCAGGCAAACACCAUUGUCACAAAUAGCGAUGGAGGUUCGGCAAGGUACCAGCUUGGUGGGUUCCCGAGGAGGCUCCUGAGGGCAAAGGUUGGUUUACAAAUCCGUUGCCACAAACCCACGGACCCGAGAGCGUGCUGGAACUGUUGUAUGCCGAUCCCAAUGAUCAGGAGCGAACCUGUGAAGGUCGGUGGUGCUGGGGCAAAUCUUGUCCCAGGGGAAAUCGCGCAUGCGACCAUUCUCUCCAAGAGUGGCUGCAAGGCUGCGCAGACUGGCAAGAGAGAUUAGAGAUUCGCAACUCCGAAAAGCUCCGAAUGGGAUUCGCUCUUUACUCUAAACACAACUGGGAAGAAAAUGACACCAUAGGAGCGUACCUGGGAGAGAUCGUGCCCGAGAAGCCGGAAGGCGCGAGCUACGUUAUGACGCUGUCUAUUGGGUCCAUAUACACCAGGAGAUGUAGGCAAGACGGUUACACGCGGUGGGUUGGAGUCCCAGAAGGCAAAAGGAGAGAGGUAUUCGUAGAUUCCGAAAUGAGAGGAAACUGGUCAAGGUUUUUGAACCACAGUUGUAAGCCGAAUGCCAGCAUCUAUGUGGCUAGGGUCGGGCAUACUAGAUUUGUGGCUAUUCGAGCUGCGCGAGCGAUUAUGAAGGGAG